AUGUACGGAAAUGGCAACUCUAUCGGGUUCGUUAUCUGGAUGGGUACGGAGCCUCUAGUUUUGUUCCCAAUUUCCAGGGCUACAUUAUCUGUAAUAAAUAUCCUGCGUAGACAGGUGAGAACGAGUCAAGAGACGGAGAAACAAUGGGUGGUUCUGCACUUGCCGGAAGCCUCCCGCAACUCGACGCGCCUCGUUCAGACGGACAAGUCCGUAAGUUCGCCCGUCUCGGAGUAA